AUGGCCGAGACGCGCUCUUAUCCCGAAGUCAUCACAGCCUCACUUCCCAACCUUGAUAUUCAAUGCGAAGGCCGAUUCAAGAACUACGAUUUCACGAAUGUUACACAUGUUGUCGUCCAUCUAUCUGAUGUAAUAAUCAAGAACAUCAAUGCUAAUACCGAUGCCUCCUACGAGUACGGUAACGAAGAUCAUCUGAAUAUCAUUGCAAAGAUGCUUUCUGUGAAGUUCUUCGGCAACGAAACCCAGCUAAAAUGGCUCGACACCGAGCGCGUUGGUAGACGCAAGUUCGUUGCAUUCACCAACAUCGAAAAGAAAUGGGAGCGGGUUCAGAGUCAGAGCCCGAGUGACACAAAGCUGGAAGUGGUUGAGGUCAUGUUCAUGCGAUCUAACCCCCGGGAACUACAGAAGGCCUUCUGGAGGCCCGCCAGAGCAAUCGUCUCUCAAAAGGUUCUGGCUAGGGUGAAAAAGGAGUUGGUUGAGAUGGUCCGGCUUCGAGUUAUGUGGACACGAUUGAAUGUGUCUCCUCGGAGGUUGCAGAGAUUGAGGAACGGUUCGGCCUCAGCAUGA